UUUAACCUGUAUUAUCAUCUGUGAUGUUUUGGCAAUACCUCUUACCAUGAGGAUAUAUACAGUCUAAUCAGGGAUAGUGACUGGGAACAGUACUUUCUGUGACCUUAAAGAGUCCUCGGUUUGGAUUCACUUUUACACAAUUCAGCGCUGUCGCAAUGUGGGCCCGAGGAGCGUAUCUAGUGUGAAUCCUGCAUAAGUACAUGUGCCGCCUCAUCACCAAGUCCUGCCAUACCCCCACCUCACAUACUGCCUAUUACGUCUUUGCAGUGUUCAUCACAUUGCUUCUUUGUUGAUGGAAAAACAAAGAAUGUAUUAAAAUGAAAAGGCAGUGUCCUACUUUUGAACGUAAUUGGUUCCGGAGGUCUGUUCCUGUCAUAGCUGGAAAGGAGGAUAAUGGCAGAUGACAGCAGUUCUCUCUGUAUGAGUAAGUGGUGAACUGCUCAUACCAUAGUGACCUACCAGUGAAGAGUGCUGAGUGUUGCCCUAUAUGGUGGUUGUUGAUGCAGGAUGCGUGUUGUGGGGUUGGUAUCUGGCGGUAAGGACAGCUGCUAUAAUCUGCUGCAGUGUGUUGCUGCUGGACACAAGGUGGUGGCUUUGGCCAACUUAGCUCCCAGUCAUGUCGAUGAAUUGGAUAGUUACAUGUAUCAGAGUGUGGGUCACAUGGGUGUUGCAGUUUAUGCUGAAGCUGUUGGGGUUCCUCUGUACCGCCGAAUUAUCCAGGGCUCCUCACUUAACACUGCCACCAUCACCUAUAAACCCACAGAAGGAGAUGAAGUUGAGGAUCUCUUCUUUCUCCUCAAGGAAGUUAAGGAGAAAUGCUGUGUGGAUGCUGUGAGUGUAGGGGCUGUACUAUCUGAUUACCAGAGAGUUCGAGUAGAAAAUGUGUGCAGUAGACUGGGGUUAGUUUGCUUGGCAUUCAUGUGGCGGCGUGAUCAGUCUGAACUCCUGCGAGAAAUGGUGGAAUGUGGGCUGGAUGCCAUAAUCAUCAAAGUAGCAGCUAUUGGCCUUGAACCCAGAAAACACCUUGGGAAGUCUAUUAGUCAAAUGAUUUCAUACCUUGAGAAAAUGGUAAGAGAAAAUGACUGUUCCCCAGGUGUGCUGGGCACAUCUUCAGCAGGACUGUUCGGGUGUCUUGAGGGCACAGCUGUGGGACUGUUCCCCGGGUGUACAGGAGCACAUCUGUGGGACUGUUCCCCGGGUGUACAGGGGCACAUCUGUAGGACUGUUCCCCGGGUGUACAGGGCAUAUCUGUGGGACCUGUUCCCCGGGUGUACAGGGCACAUCUCUGUGGGACUGUUCCCAGGUGUACAGGGCAUCUCUGGCAGGACUGUUCCCCGGGUGUACAGGGCACAUCUACAUGAAACAGAAAUAGUGGAAACUGCAGGAGGUGUUGGUUACUUGAAUCUGAAGUCUUUAGAACUAGUUGAUAAAGAGAUACCUGAUGACAUGAGUCAGCUGGAGUUAGUGAAAGCGGCUGGUAUUCGUGGACCCAGAAGAGUUCCUGAUUGGAAACGAAGUCACGUGACCACGGAUGAAGAAAAUGACCAAUUACACCCCACAUCUCGCACAACAAUGCACGCUCAGGGCAUAUCUCACUGGCCAGCUAUCGGUCCAUACAGUCAAGCAGUAAAGGUUAGUGUGGUGGUGGUUGCAGGCAUGAUAGGAUUGGUGCUAAGCACAUUACAGGUAGUGAGUGGAGGAGUUGAAGAGAUCUUUGCCCUACGACAUGUCUCCAGAGUCGUAGCAGCAGUUGCCUCCACCAAGGACAUAAGAGCUGUUGUACAGCUCCUCGCCAUUCUCAUGGGUCCAGAUGCUGCCUCCGCCUUUAGUUUUGGCUUGUAUUUUAGCAUCAGGAGGUUCAGUGUUUGUUCUACUGCUAUUUUGAUAACUUCGGCAUAG